GCUAUUUUCAAUACAUUAUCUUAUUUUCUAAAUAAUUGAUGAACUUGUUUAUAGGAUUUAAGUAGUAGUUUGAAUAGUAAUAAUAAUUAAAAAUCACAGUUACAAAAAGAGUGUUUUGCAGUUUGACCCCUUUUUUAAUCUUAUGCUUAUCAGCAAGAUAAAGUGUAAAGCCCACUUGCUGUAGGAUACACAUUUAGUAUAUUAUUCAUUUAUAAAUUCUAAAAUCUUGAAUUAAUUUUGCAACUUAUUUAUUAUCUUUGUUUAUUUAUCUUCUGUAAAAUAUUGUAUAACAACGAUAUUAUAAUUUAAUAACUUGGAAAAUGAAUUGGUUAAUAUUCCUGCUACUUUUUGUAAAUGUUAUAAAUGUUACUAUGGCUUGGCGGAUGUUUAUGAGAGGUCGAAGUAGAUACGGUAAUUUAGGUACUCCAAUUUUGCCAGAAGAUCAAAACGAAGUGGAAGAGCAAUGGUUUACACAAUAUUUGGAUCAUUUUAAUCCAACCAAUGCGCUCACUUGGCAACAGAGAUAUUUUGUAAAUGAGGAUUAUUAUAAAAAAGGUGGUCCAAUAUUUUUAAUGAUUGGAGGGGAGGGUGCAAUUUCUACUAAAUGGAUGAAAGAGGGCGAAUGGAUUGAAUAUGCUAAAAGAUUUGGAGCUCUUUGCUUCCAAGUUGAGCACCGUUAUUAUGGAAAGAGCCAUCCAACAUCAAAUUUAAGUGUAAAAAAUAUGGUCUUCCUUACGUCAGAACAGGCACUUGCAGAUUUAGCAUACUUUAUAAAAAGUAUGAAUGACAAUUUUAAAUUACCAAAUAAUACUCAAUGGGUUACGUUUGGAGGAUCUUAUGCUGGUUCAUUAGCUGCUUGGAUGCGUGCUAAAUAUCCUCACUUAGUACACGGAGCAGUUUCUACGAGUGGCCCAUUGUUAGCUGAAAUAGAUUUUCAAGAGUAUUAUAUUGUUGUUGAAAAUGCUCUGAGAAAUUACUCUCAGGCUUGUGUAGACUCACUAGUGGAAGCAAAUAAACAGUUUCAUAUAAUGUUACGUCACCGCAUUGGUCAGGAGGGUUUAUCGGAAAAAUUUAUUCUAUGUGAUCCUAUCGACUCAGGACACACAACACGCAAUGAUAUCUCAAACUUGUAUGAAACAAUAGCAAGCAAUUUUGCUGGUAUUGUACAGUAUAACAAGGACAAUCGUAAUAAUUCAGCAAUGGCUAAUUUGACUGUUGAUAGUGCAUGUGAUAUUCUAACAAAUCAGUCAUUGGGUAUUGCUAUUAAUAGACUUGCGAUCUUAAGCAAUACAAUAUUGAAUGCAUCAAAAGAGAAAUGCUUGGAUUAUAUGUAUAGUAAAAUGAUUCAUGAACUUCGAAAUGUUACUUGGUCUAGUGAACAGGCAGAGGGAGGACGUCAAUGGAUGUAUCAAACGUGCACAGAGUUUGGGUUCUUCCAAAGUUCUACUGCGCAAUCGAAUUUAUUCAGUAACACUUUUCCAGUAGAUUUCUUUAUACAACAGUGUACCGAUGUAUUUGGACCCAGGUACAAUAUUGAUUUGUUAAAGUCGGCAAUAGAGCGAACAAACACUUUAUACGGUGCACUAGAUUUGGAAGUUACAAAUGUAGUGUUUGUACAUGGAUCAGUGGACCCUUGGCAUGUGUUAGGAAUUACAAAGUCAUUUGUUCCACAAGCACCUGCCAUUUACAUCAAUGGUACUGCUCAUUGUGCAAAUAUGUAUCCUCCAUCCGAAAAUGAUUUACCUGAUUUAAAGAAAGCCAGAGUUGAGAUUGCACAACUGCUUGCUCAAUGGCUUGGGUAAUUAAUAUAUCUUAAGUUUUCAAUGUAAUAUAAGUGAGACUGCUUAAUGAUACGCGGAUUUUCUUUCCUAGUUUUUAGUGAUACAAAAUACAAACAAUGAUUAAAAUUAUUUCAAGAAUUUUGUUAAAAAAUUCAAGUUUUUAUUUCUUUAUAUAUUGCUUAAAUAUCACUGUUAACAAUCAGGCUACAUAAAUAUUUUUCGGUCAUAUUUCUGUGCAUUAACGAGACUAACCUAACAUUAGAUGUUUACCAGCAUUAGUCAUCCUGUGCUAUGUUAAAUGACAAGAACAUAUGUGUAAAUAUAUUAAACAAGUUUGCCCAUAAUGGCACUAUUACAAUUUUUUGCGGAUUACAAAGAUAUUAAAUACAUGUACAAACUUAUUCUGAAAAUAUCUUACUUCAGUCAAUGAAUAAGAAGAUAUCAUUCCCUAAUCGUAGUUUCGACAAUAUUGAACUGGUUAAGAUAAAACGUAUCAAUACUAUGUAUAUAUAAAUAAAUCAGUAUCGUCAACUUUGAUUUAAA